GGUGCCGUUAUUUUAUAUAUUUGAAGUUUUUCCUGAGACAAUUAAUUGUGAAUUCAUGUGGAUGACAUCAGAUCACGUGCGUUGGCGCGACCUUCGCGAUGUGCUGCCUGGAGACCAUGUACAGAGUAUAUAUAGAGGGCGCCGUCGUCCACGGUCAUUGCUCCAUGGCAAUGCUUGCCAGAAACUCUGUAACCCAACCAUCAACAUAUCCUUUAUAUUUAUUCUCUUGUUUUCGGGAUGGAUUCGGAUGGAGAACAAGAACCAGACGGUCUACGACAGGCAGACCCGAACGGCGAAGCUGACCUGGACGAGAGAUAUCCCAAUCGCCCUCGUAACCACUCACCCACCCUACCAUUUCAUGACUUAUUCCUAACCCUAUUUAACCCUCUCAAUGAAAACAAAAAGCGUCCAACCGGCCCGGCGCUUGCGCGAAGAAAGGUCGGCCCUCAUGGACAUGGUGCUGCCGUCCAUCUAAGCCCACAAGAGCGGCGAAGGGACAUAAUUCAGAGGUUCAUUUCGCGAUGGAAGAAAGAAGUGGGUGACGAUAUAUUUCCUGCAUUUCGCUUGAUCAUUCCAGAGAAAGACAGAGAUCGAGCUAUGUAUGGAUUGAAGGAGAAAGCCAUCGGCAAGUUGCUGGUGAAAGUCAUGAAAAUCGACAAGAACUCCGAGGAUGGGUUUAGCUUAUUGAACUGGAAAGUUCCCGGGCAGAGUUUUGCGAGCAGAAUGGCUGGUGACUUUGCCGGACGCUGUUUCGAAGUCAUAUCAAAGAGGCCGUUGAGGACUGAGGUGGGCGACAUGACCAUCGAAGAAGUUAAUGAGCAACUAGAUAAAUUGUCCGCAGCUUCAAAGGAAGAUGAGCAGGUGCCUAUUCUUGCAUAUUUUUACAGAAUGAUGAACCCUGAGGAGUUGAUGUGGCUUAUCCGGAUUAUUCUACGACAAAUGAAAGUCGGUGCCACAGAACGGACACUUUUCAAUAUCUGGCACCCGGAUGCAGAGGCAUUGUUUAGUAUUUCUAGCAGUCUUCGCCGAGUCUGCUGGGAGCUUUAUAACCCAGAUAUUCGCUUGGAAGGGGAUGAAGCCAAGGUCACUCUGAUGCAGUGUUUUCAGCCUCAGCUCGCUCAGUUUCAAAUGCAAUCGUUUGAACGUAUGAUCCAAAAGAUGAGGCUGGCCGAAGACGAUCCAACUUUUUGGAUUGAGGAGAAGCUUGACGGAGAACGUAUGCAGCUCCAUAUGGAGUCCGACGAUUCGAUACCUGGAGGGAAGAGGUUUGUAUUCUGGUCGCGAAAGGCCAAGGAAUAUACGUAUCUGUACGGUAAUGGAUUCUUUGACGAGAACGGGGCGCUCACGAGACAUCUCCAGAAGGCCUUUGCGGAUGGUGUUCAAAGCAUCAUCCUGGAUGGAGAGAUGAUUACCUGGGACCCUGAGCAUGAUGCGAUUGUUCCUUUCGGGACUCUCAAGAGUGCCGCACUAGCCGAGCAAAGGAAUCCAUUCUCGACAGGGCAGAGGCCAUUAUUUCGUAUAUUUGAUAUCCUUUUCCUAAACGGCCAACCACUCACGAGAUACACGUUGAAGGACCGCAGAAGAGCACUUGAAGCUAGCGUUAUUCCUGUGCAUCGCCGUUUCGAAAUUCACACUUACGAAAUUGGCCACAGUGCCGCUGAUAUCGAACAUUUACUCCGGAAAGUCGUCGCCGAAGCAUCUGAAGGCCUUGUUCUGAAGAACCCCAACUCUCCAUACCGUCUAAAUGAACGUCACGAUGACUGGAUGAAGGUUAAACCCGAAUAUAUGACUGAGUUUGGUGAAUCUCUCGACUGCAUCGUAAUUGGCGGAUAUUAUGGCUCUGGUCGUCGAGGCGGCGCUCUAUCAAGUUUCCUAUGUGGACUAAGAGUAGAUGAAUCACAUGCCAAAAAGGGGGAUCAUCCUACAAAAUGCUAUUCAUUUUGUAAAGUUGGAGGAGGUUUUACUGCUGCUGAUUAUGCAAAUAUUCGCCAUCAUACCGAUGGGAAGUGGAUUGAUUGGGAUCCAAAACGACCCCCCACUGAAUACAUUGAACUUGCUGGAGGUGAUCUACAAUACGAACGACCUGACGUAUGGAUAAAGCCUGAAGAUUCUGUUGUUCUCUGCGUAAAGGCCUCAUCAGUUACCCCAACUGACCAGUUCCGCCUCGGCCUGACGGUGCGGUUCCCGCGCUUUAAAAGGCUACGCAUGGAUAAGGACUGGCAUAGUGCCUUGUCGAUCCAGGAGUUUAUGGACCUCAAGUCAAAUAUCGAAAGGGAAGUGAAAGAAAAGGAAUUCAAGGUUGACGAUUCUCGCAAGCUACGGCAUAGGAGAACUACGAAGAAGCCCUUGACAGUUGCCGGUUACGACGGAGGCAAGAAGACUAAAUAUGCGGGUCCAUCGGGGAAAUUGUUUAAUGGACUCAAUUUUUUUGUCAUGACCGAAUCGGUUCACCAGCCUAAGAAAACCAAGGCGCAGCUUGAACAACUCGUGAAAGCAAAUGGCGGCAAGAUAUAUCAGACAAAUACAGCCGCAGAAAAUACAAUUUGCAUCGCUGAUCGCAGGACUGUUAAGGUAGCUUCACUUCAAAAGAACGCGAAGGAGAACGUCAUCCGGCCAUCAUGGCUCUUCGACUGCUUAUCACAAAACGAAAGGGAUCAUGGCCUUCCGGACCUGCUUAUUCCGUUGGAACCAAAACACAUGUUCUUCACAACGGUAGAUCAAGAGGAAGAAAUUGCCGGAAACGUCGAUAAAUACUCCGAUAGCUAUGCUCGAGAUAUCGAUGCCUCGGAACUCAAAAAGCUCCUCGACGCUAUGGCCCCAGCGCCAGGUCUACCCCCUUCCAGUAUAUCCCAACUAGAAUCCCAACUCGAAUCCCACAGCCUGAAUGAACAAGAAUCACCAACCGCAACAGUAUCGAACAACCCAUUAUCCCCCGGCUGGCUUUUCAAAGGACUAGUCAUAUACUUUGCCACGCCUCCAUCCAAGUCCAACGACGAAAAAGGCAAAAAACCACAUAUCCUAGCACAGCGCCUCCAGCUCGCUUCCAACCUUGUGGAGUUCGCCGGCGGCGAAGCCAUCACGGACGACAGUGACAUGAAGGAUCCACGUAUCACGCAUAUUGUAGUCGACAGCAAAAGUUCCGGCGAUAAGGCUGGCAUGCUAGUGACAAACGUUGCUGAAAUAAGGAGGGCGAUUUCAUCCCUGGCUGGGGUUGGGAAGCAAAUUCCGCAUAUUGUUGGGGUUGAGUGGGUGGAGGAGAGUUGGAGGGAGAGGACGUUGGUUGAUGAGGAACUUUAUUCAGGAUAUGUACCAAGGUGAAAAUGCAGUAUAUCCAUUAGAGGUGCUGAACGCAUGGACCUUUGGGAUCAAGAAUAGAGUGCCCCUUUACGAAGAUUUCUAUGCUCGCUUCAUGGCCUACCUCUACUGGGAAGAGAAAGAGAAUGAAACGUUUCAUUCGAGCUUUACAAAAAACCUGGAUACGCAUACAUAUCUCGAUGGCUAGCUGAUGGCCUGAAUUAUGAUCUUAUGAUGUGAUGAAAAUCUUUUGAAUACAGUUAUAUUUUGAAUUCUCUAUGGUCUUUAGCAGCUGGAGCAGUGGUUAGAUGACUCUUGGGAAUGAAAAAUUGUACCAUUUUACUCAUAGCAUGGCAGUAAACAGGGUUCAUAUUCAAGUUGAAAAUUGCUCGUUUUGGGGACAGCUGAGCCGAUGUAGGAGGUGUAGAAGGCGUAUGGCAAUAGCGGAAUGAAGGAGUGAACGGGUUCCAAGUUUUAAGCAUCUAAACGUACCCGGCGGUUUGGCUUGGGUGGGAACCCUGUAUAUCUAUGAGCUUUUGAUUCCUUUUCCUCAUUUGCCUUGUCCCUUGUUACAGCUCUGUAUGGCGAUGGUCGUGGUGGUGGUAGUUAUCAAGGUGCUUUAGAAUCCUCCUAGUGGCGGUCCUCUGCCUCUUUCUGUAUUCUUUACGGGUUUCAUUCAUUUCUACUGCCUAUAGGAAGAAGAUACUAGGUAUCUUCAACUCCGUAGCUCCCGGAAGUUGACAAGUGGUGUGCUGUCAUGGGACUCUCUUGCUCCCUUUAUAACAUGUGGAAGCUGGAUUGGAUUGUGACGGCGGUCUCCUGGACUUCAGCUGGCUUGGAACCAGGACUGUGGCCAUGAGUUCAGUCGGACUCGGAUUAACUGCAUGCGUAGUCAGUCCAUCGUGGGGCAGGGUGCCCGUGAUAAGGAGACAAAGUUGGAUAGCAGUUAUGCAAUGGCUAUUCAGACGUACAUGUACAUGAAUGAAUGAAAUGUUUUUACUUCACCUCUACCCAA